AUGAGUUUGCCAACCCCGGCACCAUGGAUGGACACGCAGCUGGUGCUUCCGGGACAAAUGCAGCUUCCUACUCCGCCGGCGGCUGCAACAGUGUCAAUGCCGAGGCUCAGCGAUGAGUCGUUGCAGGAAAGGCUGCGAAGCCUGGAGUUAGAAUGCCAACAAUUGCGUGACAGCAAUUCCCGGCUGGAGCUGGAGAAUUCCAAGCUGAAGCUGCAAGUGAGCUCUUCACAGGGAUUGCAGCCAGUUUCGGAAAAGCUUGUAUCACCAAGCCGGCUAGACGGUUCGAUCUCCGUGGCAGAGACGCAGCAUCAAGAUCUGCGAAAGCGCAUGCGAGCGAUGAUGGAGGAGCAAAGGCGGUUGGUAGAUGAACUCCAACUCGAGAUUGCCGAGGACAUGGGCCAGCUUCAGGUUCGAUCCAGCAAAGAGCACCAGCCGAUGCCGCUUGCAUCAGCAGCUCUGACUGGGUCAUGCAGAAGUGACCCCAGCGUGCGGCCCUCCGCGCACACCGCACCGCAAGACCUUACUGAACCCCGAGAAGCUGCAGCACCACCAGAGCAGGACCUGCUUGGUUCUUGGCCCACGGUAUCCCAGCCUUGGCUGUCGUCGAGAGUGCCGGAACACACAUUGCCAACGAGAACGAGCAACGGUCGCGGCUACAUGCCUGUGCCCGACGAGUUGAAUGCGCCCUGUGAAGCAGAAGCACCACCAGAGGAGGAUUCGCCAAUGCCAACGAACAGAAUGGACGGCAGUCAAAGCGGCAGACCUCUCUCUGCAUCAGCUCCUGUCCCUCCGCUGGACCUGCCUGCACGCUAUAUGCACUCGUCGCCUGACGAGUUGCACUCGCCCUGGGAAGCGGCGGCACCACCGGAGGAGGAGGAGGAGCCGUUGGGUGCUCGGCUUCGCGCAAGGCCGUCAGCUGCAAGCUUCGCCUCCAGCGCCCGCCCGCGGAAAGGCGGAGCUGCCAUGCCGGAAGAGCCGAACGCCCCGAGUGAAGCGCCGUCCGACGAUGACGCGCCGCGUUCGCCGAGCGUUUGGCCCCCGGGCCCAUCGCCACUCCAGCCUGCAAGGCGCUUCUCUGGUUCCGACGUGGCCUCCAUUGAAGCGCCACCGGAAGACGAGGGCCCACCCAGGUCAGCCACUCCCGGCGAUCCAUCCGAUGAGAAACCGGAGCCCAUGAUGAGCAAGUCGCCAGUUCAAGCAUCCGCGGGUAAGGCAGAACAUGCGGAUGCCACACAAAAAAGCGACGAGAAGAAGCAGGUCUUGCAGGAGGGGGUGAUUCUGCUGCAGCGGUAUGAUCGCAAAAGCAGCUGUUUUCAAUUGCGCUUGUGCAACAAGAAGCUCGCCAAUCUAAACUUCACCGUGGACAUCUCGAAAUCAGUGAAUCUGGAACUUCGCGCUUCGCCUGGCAAAGGGACCUCGCACACGUGCAAUGUGCCGCCGGGAUUGACGGUGGAGCUUUGCCAAAUCGGCCAGGUUGAUCCGAAGAAGGGGUACACGCUUCGGGCCACGUACAGCUGGGUGCCAAAGCCAGCAGAUCGUAAGCUGGUGCAGCAGCAGACAGCAGAGGAAGUGAAAAGGCGGCACGACAUCGUGGCGAACCUCAAAACCUGUAACAUUGUUCCAUCCAAGUUCGAUUCGGCAGCCAAGAUCGAGGAGGCGUGCUCGAAAAGAGGCAUUUCGCAGUUCAUUGAUGCGGAAUUCUUCCCCGACGAUACUGCGCUGUUCAACCAACCGCAGAGUCAAGACAACCCUUGUGUUGUUUGGAAGCGCCCCAGCGAGUUCUGCAACAAGGGAGAAAUCAGAGUCUUCUCUGAUUCGAUCACGCCAUGUGACAUCCACCAGGGAGCUUUGGGUGAUUGUUGGUACCUGGCAGCUCUGGCAGCCGUGGCAGAGCAGCCUCCGCUCAUCCGCGAACUCUUCAGCAGCGACAAGCACAGCAGCCUUGGUGUCUACGAAGUCUCGUGCUUCAAGAACGGACAGCUGACCAAAGUCAUUGUGGAUGAUCUGAUCCCAUGUUCCCCAUCGACGGGCAAGCCCUGCUAUGCACAUGUCAACGUCGAAGGGGAAGGCCAGACGGUGAACGAGCUUUGGGUGGCGCUGUUGGAGAAGGCAUGGGCCAAGCUGCACGGUUCGUACGAGCAGAUCGAGGGUGGAAUUCCGUACCAAGCAUUGAUGGAUUUGCUGGGUGCAGCUGGCAAGCGGUAUCAACUCAAGGGACAGCUCCCACGUGGUUUUGCAACGCCGGACAGCUUCUUUCAAGCACUGAGCACCUUCGACACCAAAGGAUAUGUGAUGGUGGCUGGCACGAAGGGUGUGGAUAACCUGACAAAGGGUGGAGGGAAAGCUCCCCUGGAUGGCUUGGUGCCGGGACACGCAUACACUCUGCUCACGGUGCAUGAGGCAUGCGGUGUUCGACUCGUUCGUUUGCGAAAUCCCUGGGGUGAUCACGAAUGGACUGGCGACUGGAGCGAUAAGAGUGCUUGCUGGACCCCAAAGACAAAGCAGGCUUUUGAUGUGGAAGUCGAUGACCAUGACGGAGCUUUCUGGAUGAGCGACACCGAUUUUCUGAAGCAUUUCUCAUGCGUGGACGUGGCAUUCUUUGACAGAACGUGGGCGACUGCUCGGACCAAGCUGACGACCAUCGGAGCGUCGAUGUGCAAUCAGCUCCUGCGAUUCGAAGUGAAAGCGGCCGCCCGUGGCUUCGUGAGCUUGCUUCAGAACGACCACCGGAUCAAAGGAUCUCCAUCAUACAUGACGCUCCAGUUCGCUGUGUACGGGCCGCUGUCUCCACACCAAGCACCGGAAGUGCUCCAUAGCCGCAGAUCGGAUGAGCGCGAGCUCGUCGAGGAGAUCCCACGGCAGUUGACACCCGGAGAAUACUUCGUGGCCGUUUGGACUCCUGACAAGGAGAAGGAUCGAAAUCUCACCUUGGUGCUACAGUUGGAUGAAUGGGGCAAGGGCACGGGCAGAAGUCUUGCGAUUCACCCGACGCCGAUCGAUGAGCACCAAAUGAGCGACGGACCACAUUCCCCAUCAUGGAGCUCCCAGAUCAAGAAGCCAAUCUGGACGGCUUGGUCUUGA